UUCUACUAUAUAUGGUGUUUUACCACUUAUAUACGUGUUAGAAUUCGAAAUCUUCUAACUCAUUGAGGACCAAAAUUUCUAUUGCAGAAAAUUCAAACCUUUAUAACUUUCGAAAAUAAUGAAAUUUGGAUAAACUUUUAAAGCAAAAUUUAGUCCAUAUUUUUGUAUUUCUUAUUUUUGUAAAAGGGUUAAACUUUCUUUGUUUAAAUAUCACAAGAGACAUAUAAACAAUUUAUUUACAUUUUUACAUGAUUAAAUUGAAAAAGAAACAUUUCUAUAUAAUUACUAGAUAUAUUAGAAGAUAUCGAUUUAUGAUGUAAAUGAUAAAACACUUUAUAUAUAUAUAUAUACACACACACAUAUGAUAGAUAAUUAUUCUCUGAUGCAAAUAUCCUAAUAUUAAUUAUAAAUAUAACAUAUAUAUAUAUAUAUAUAAUAUUAUAUUAUGUAAAUUGUAAAAUGUUAUCGUUAUAUCUGUGCUUUGUAUAAUACAAAUGAAUAAUAUUUAAUUUACAAAAUCAAACAUAUAAAAUUUCAUCUAAAUACCGAUAAUCGAUUGGUCAAAAUUCAAAAGUGUUGAACUGAUUGGUUCUAUGAAAUAUCGAAUUAUCAUAUGCGAUUUAUCGAAAAUCGCAUAUGAAAAAUACUUCAUACUUAUGAUUCGAAUUUUUAUUUUUCUAAUUCUACAAUGUAUUUAUAAUUAUAUUAAAUAUUAUAAAGGAUAAAUUAUUUCUUAAGAAAUAAGAAAUAAGAAAUACGUAACGCAAGUAUAUCAAAACCUAAUUAAAUUAGACAAGGUUCAUUUUUAUCCGAUAAAACAUUAAGAUCAGUUGCAUUAAAAGUAUUAAAUGCGUUAUUGCUUUGUAUAUUAUAUCGUAUUGACAAAUGAAUAGCUAUAUUUGUAAUAAAUGUUAUUCUACGAAAAGCAAAAGAAAGAAAGCAUUUAGAAUAACUCAAUGUGGGCAUAUAUUUUGUGGCAAUUGCCUAGACGAAGGUAUGAGACCUUGCCCAAGAUGUAAUAAUGGAGAAAUUGCAUCGUUGCAAUUGGAAGAACCGUUAUUACCUAAAAUAGCAUCUUUGUUCAUUCCUCUAAAUGAAGCUAUACAACCAUUACCUGAAAUAGCAAAUUUCCAAAGUGCACAAACCAAAAUUAUUCUAAGACGUUUUUAUCAAAUUGAUAGAAAAUAUAACUUAUUGAAGGAAGAAUAUCAUAAGCUUGCACAAAAUAUGCAAAUAAUAACUGAAAAGUAUCGUAAACUUCGAGAAAAUAUGGAAGCAAUUAAUAUGAAAUUUGCAUAUCCUAGCAAUGUAAUUUCUAAUAAUCCGUCUACCUUUAAUCGUAGAGACAUGCUUAUUGAUGCAAGAAAAAUGCACAUUGAUAGUUUUACACCAAAUUUGAGAUCAUGCAACAAGAGUGUAAGAUUCACUCCAUCAACGAAUCAAAGCAUAUACGAGAGACUUCGUAAAGCUACAAUUUCGUCAAAUGGACCAACAAUUCGUUAUUACAAUACGUGCUCAAUCAAUAAUCGCAAGUGAUCAAUGAAUGAAAAAAAAAAUGGAUUAUAUUUUAGUAGUAAAUGUAUCAAAUAUAAGUUAAGCUUUUUCUAAUUAUAAAUAAAUAAAUAGUUUCAGAGUUAUA